AGCGGUGUGGUUGUCCUAUAAAUAACAGAGUUGUGUUGCGUCUCCUUCACCAUUGUUGAGAGUUCAAGAAACUCAGCUCUGAUUCAGUUCAGGUGCAGAACUGUGUCUGUACCGAUCGAGAUGGCGUGUGUCACAGCCACGAUAUCCAUUUGGAUAGCUGUGGUGAGUUUAGUCGUAUUGGGAGGGAAACUUCUCAACUGGAUUUGGUUGAGGCCCAGGAGAUUAGAGAAGUUUUUAAGGCAGCAAGGAUUCGCCGGAAAUUCUUACCGGAUUCUCUAUGGAGACCUGAAGGACAGAACCGCCAUGAGAGAGCAGGCCAUCUCCAAGCCGAUCAACUUCAACAAUGAUAUAUCUCCACGUGUUAUUCCUUCUGUUCAUCAUACCAUCCAGAAAUAUGGCAAGAAUUCAUUUAUGUGGUUUGGCCCCAUACCAAGAUUGCACAUCAUGGACCCUGAACAACUUAAAAUUGUGUUUACAUUGAUCAAUGAUAUCCAAAAGCCAGUUAUGAAUCCCCUUCUCAAGUUGUUUGCAGGUGGAGUUGUAAACCAUGAAGGAGCAAAAUGGGUGAAACACAGAAAGAUAAUCAAUCCUGCAUUUCAUUUACAAAAGCUUAAGGUUAUGGUACCAGCAUUCUAUCAUAGCUGCUACGACAUGGUUAGCAAAUGGGAAAGCAUGGUCUUCGAGAGCGGGUCGUGUGAGUUAGACGUAAUGCCUUAUCUACAAGAAAUGGCUGCUGAUGUGAUUUCUCGAACAGCAUUUGGGAGUAGCUAUGAGAAAGGAAAAAAGAUCUUCAAACUUCAAACUGAACUAGCUGUUCUGGUGAAUCAACCUACCAUGGGGAUUUUUAUUCCGGGAUGGAGAUUCCUACCCACAAAGUCGAACAAAAAAAUGAAAGAGAUAAGUAAGGAGAUAACAACUCUGAUCUUGGGUAUUAUAAAUGAAAGGGAAAAGUCCAUGAGCGCAGGUGAAGCUAUGCAUAGCGAUCUGUUAGGCAUUCUCAUGGAAUCCAAUUUGAAUGAAAUUGGACGACAUGGAAACAAUAAAGACACUGGAAUGAGCAUAGAAGAUGUCAUUAAUGAAUGCAAGACUUUCUAUAUUGCUGGACAAGAAACUACAGCUACGUUACUAAUUUGGACGAUGAUAUUAUUGAGUUCAUACUCAGAAUGGCAAGACCGAGCAAGAGAAGAGGUCUUUGAGAUCUUCGGUAACAAGAAACCAGAUUUUGAUGGUCUAAGUCGACUAAAAGUUGUAACUAUGAUCUUGAACGAGGUUCUCAGGUUAUACUCACCAGCGAGUUUGCUUAGUCGACGUGUUAAAAAAGAAACAAAAGUUGGAAAUUUGACUAUACCAGCCGGAGUGUUUUUGGGCUUACCAAUUACUCUUCUCCAUCGUGAUCCUGAGUUAUGGGGUGAAGAUGCGGGCGAAUUUAAACCAGAAAGAUUUUCUAAGGGAGUUUCUAAAGCUACAAAAAAUCCAAAUGCUUUUAUCCCAUUUGGUUUGGGUCCUCGAAUAUGCAUAGGACUAAACUUUGCCAUGAUUGAAGCAAAAAUGGCGCUAUCAAUUAUCCUACAACGCUUCUCAUUUGAGCUUUCUCCAUCGUAUACUCAUGCUCCCAUCGCAGGUAUAACAGUCCAACCUCAACAUGGAGCUCAUAUCAUACUGCACAAACUGUAGAGUUCGCACAUUAUCAGAAGCUAGGGAAGUUCACUGCUAUACCUAUGUAUACUUUCGAAUCCUUUGAUAUUUUCCUUUCAACUAAGUACCCUUUUCAUUGCUCACCAUUUCCUAAAUAAAUGGCUUUGAGAUUAUUAAUUACUGUUUGUAAUAGUCAAAAUUAUGAACCACAGCUUUUGAAAACUGGUUUUGUUUCUCAUUGACAUUUUCUCAAA